UUUCGUAAUUCCAGGCAAGUGUUUUAAUUCUUACUAUUCCUGAUAACAACAACUGUGCGUACCUUGCAAUAAUAAUUCUUUAAGUUCAAAAAUUGCAUUAAGAGUCGUGGACAUGGACGAAGAAAAGUUUGAGAACAACUUUGAAAGGGUAAUGCAAAUCCUAGCUGAGACACAGAAGUUGGCGAGUAGUCUAGGAUUGGCAGAGCAAAAAGAUCCAAAGACAUAUCUUGAGAUGGGCGAGGAGUUGUGCAACAUUCGGCACAACUUUAAUGUAAAAAAAGAGAUUUAUAAAGCAGCUGCGAAAGAAAAAACACUUGAAGGCUAUGACCAAGCUCUUCACAAAGGCUUGUCGAUGCCCCAAAAGGCAUUUGAUCCAAAAAACACAAUUGAAUACAAAAAACUUGAAGCUGCAAUGGUUCCUGAUGAAGAAGAAGUUGAUAGUGACGUAGUUGUUAAAGUAGGACUAAACAAGUUUGAUCCCAUAACUAAAAAACAAAUGGUGAAUCCAGUAAAGUCUAUAAUUUGCGGGCAUCAUUAUGAAAAAGAAAGUAUAAUGGCAAUGUUAAAAAAUCGGGAGAAUGCCCAGAAAAUCUGUAAGUGCCCAGUUGCUGGUUGUAUAAAUAAUAAUUUGCAACUAAAUGAAUUAGAAGAUGAUCCAGAUUUUAAAGCUCAAAUACAGAGUGACGAGGAUGAAGAUUGAGUACAACAGUCUUUCGUAUAAAAACGUAUAAUUCAUUCUAAUUUUUCAUCUAAUUUUUCAUUUUUU